AAUUCAGACAUUUAUGAUAAUAUGGAUGAUGCUGAUUUGUUACAAAUAGAUGAAACAGAUAAAGCAGAAGAAGUAAAUAAUGAUACAUUAGCAUUGACUAUUCUCAUAAAUAAUGAAUCAUUAAGUGAUAGACAAAAGUCUAAAAAAUGUUUAAUUUGCCAAGGUCUUCAAUUUGAACAAAUUUCUGAUUAUAUUAAAUAUACUCCAGCAUAA